UACACACUUUGAUAAAAAACAAAGCAUUUUUUUAAAAAAAGUUAAACAAUACUGCGUGUUAGGUUAAAAUGCAGUUAAAAUACAAUAAAUCCAAUUAAAAUGCAUUUCAAAAUACCAAAUUCUCCAAAAAACUAUCGUGCUUUGAUUUAAUGAAUUGGAUGGUACAAAAAUAUUUACUAUGUACACAUCUGGGGCCAUGGCGGUGCAGCAGGUUAAACUGCUGACCCACUGAACUUGCUGACCAAAAGGUCAGUGAUUCAAAUCCAGGGAAGGGAUGAGUAUACAAGUGUGAGUGGAUCAAUAGGUACCGAUUCAGCAGGAAGUUAACGGAACUCCAUGCAGUAAUGCUGGCCGCAUGACCUUGGAGGUGUCUAUGAACAACACCGGCUUUUAUGCUUAGAAAUAGAGAUGAGCACUACCCCCCGGAGUCAGACUUCACUAGACUUAAUGUUAAUUAAUUAUGAUGGUUAUAACUCUGGCGAUGUCAUCUGAGUGGAACUUCACUAUAGGUUGAUAUUGAAAAGAUAUUGGUCAAGACUUGAAGUGCAUCUACAUUGUAGAAUUAAUGCAGUUUGAUGCCACUGUAAUUGCCACUCCCUUUGCAGAGGUGGCUAAAACCUUGUCAUAAGACAUCCCCAUAAUUCCAUAUCUUUGAGCUAUGGUGCUUAAACUAUAUUCAUUCUACAAUGUAGACUCAUCCUGGUGUACUUCUCAUUGCUGUUCCAGGGAUUCCCAACAACUGAUAGAAGAAGGAGAUGUGCUAAGUUUGUAUUUCUUUCACUGAUGCUUUUGCCUUCUUUAUAAUAAAAUCUUUGGCGCUUAUUGCUUCUGAAUCCAUGAGUAAGAUUACACCCUUCCUCCCCGCUCCCCUACUUUCACAUGGCAAGAAGAUUGUGAGCAAGAAAGUAACUUGACAAUGAGGUGUAGGUUCUGGGGUCUCUAUAGUAACUGGACAAGAGGAUUCCAAGAGGAAUCGCUACAUAACCAAGGAAGCUCCCUUACUACUCAGCCAAAGCAAGUGGACAAUGGAGGAGGAAAGAAGCAGCAUCUAGAAGGGGACAACACAGAAAGGGUUCGAAAUGGGGAACAUGAUGAAACUCCUGACUUCCAGUUCUGAGACCACUCAGCAUGACAACCCAGAAAUGAAGAUGCCCAUGGAUGAGGAAAUGUUAUCAAUUCCUAUCAGUAACAACGUUUAUGCAAUUCUGAAGAGACGAGAAAACUACUUCAUCAGUUUGCUUCAGAAGAAAUUUGGUUGCAUUGCUGUCCUUAAGAGCAUAAGGAAUCCCAUCAAAGUGUAUAAGAAAAGCCUGAAGGAAGGAGUUGAAGUCUCUGUUUGGGUAGAUGACUUUACAAGACACGAGGCCGAUGCUUUGGUGAAUGCAUCCAAUGAAUACCUGCACCAUUUUGGAGGCCUUGCAUUCGCUCUCAUGAAAGCUGGAGGACCAGAAAUUGAAAAGCAGUGCAAGCAUUUCAUUGAUAAGAACGGACCACUCAGCAUUGGCCAGAUUGCUGUUACGAGUGGCGGAAGACUCCACUGUAAGCAAGUCAUCCAUGCCGUUGGUCCGCGGUGGUCUGAAGGCCAGAAAGAAGAGUGCUGCCUAAAACUUGAAACAGUCAUUAUCAACAUUUUGAAAUAUGUAAAUGCCCCAGAAAACAACAUCAAAUCUGUUGCCAUUCCUGCAUUGAGCUCAGGGACCUUCCGUUUCCCGCAGGAGUUAUGUGCUCAUGUGAUUGUACGGACUAUAAAGAAUUUUAUCCAGCUAGCUCCAUUGUUUGGCUACUUGCAAGAAGUCCAUCUUGUGAACACUGAUGAAACCGCUAUUGAAGUAAUAAGGAGAGUUUGUGAUGAAUUGCUAGGUCCAAAUGAUAUUGUGCCUCUGAAUGGAGCGGUGGAUUCUGUCACAAUCCAUAACCUCUGCCUCCAAAUCAAGAAAGAGAAUAUAGAAACACAGAAAGUUGCUGUUAUUAUUAACUCUGUGGUUCUACAAGAUGAUCCAUCACAAGGAAUAGGAGAGAUAUUAGGAAAUGCUGAUCCAGCUAUGAAGGAGGAAUUCCUGGCAGAAUUACAUAAACAUCCAUCAGAGAGUCCCAAACUCAUAUAUACCAAAGGAUAUAAUAUUGACUGUGAGUUUGUGCUGCAUGUAGUAUGGCCCUCUUCCAGUAAAGACAACGCUCAGGAGGCGUUAAAAGCAGCCGUGUUGAAAAGUCUUUGCAAGACUCAGGAGCGUCAGUUUCCAUCCAUUUCUUUUCCUCCCCUUGGGAUUGAAGAGCUUCAUUUGCCAAAAGAUGACGUGGCAGAGAUUAUGGUGGAGGAAGUCAUACGCUUUGCAAAGGAACAUCCUGACAAGAAGCCAGAAGUAUACAUUGUAAUUCCUCCGGAUGACAAUGAUAUUUAUCAGGCUUUCUGUAGCAAGCUGAUAUCAGUCAAAAAUGAACUGGAAGAAAAGAUGGACUGCUGCAGUAUGGAGGCCAUGGAGGUACAGACCAUUGCAGAAUAUGAAAGUAAUGGGCCAUCUGUGGAACUGAUUGGACACAGUUGUGAAACUCUGGAGGAAGCAGCACUGUGGCUCAAAGACAUCAUUAAAGUGGAAGAAAGCCACCGGAUUGUCAUAAGAAACUCUAAGAUCCUAAACCUUGGCAGUGGUCAGCCUGUUGAACUUUCUUAUCUCCAGAAACAUUUUGGUAUAACUAUACUGGAGAGCUCAACAGAAGAGGGGGCAGCCCUCGAGAUUGAAGGCUCACCCCGAGCCGUAAUUGAUGCCACAUUCGCAGUCGAGUUCAUGCUCCAGACUACAGCCAAGCAAGAACCCUCGGCAACAGAUGGACCUUCAUCAAGGUAUCUGAGUCCUUACUCACAUGAAGGGCACAUGGAGAGGACGAAUAAAUACUGUUACCAAGUCAUUCCGAUAGAGUCGUAUCUUCAGAAAUUCAAAGACAAGGAAAAGCAACUAGAAAAAGCCGGUCUGCGGGUUCUCAAGAUAGAGAAAAUAUAUAAUCCCCUGUUAGAAUCUGCCUUCCAAAGGAUUAAAAGAAAAAUUGAAGGGAAAAAUACCGGAAUGCCAGUAUGCCAUAGAUUGUACCAUCAUGUCCCAGCUCAGUACUGUAGUUUAGUGUGUAAAACUGGAUUUCAGAAAACUUACUCUUCACAAGACCAGAAAUACGGAGCAGGCAUCUACUUUAACAAGAAUCCCAGGAGCCUGGUCACAACUACAAAGGAAAAGUGUGAAAUGGACCAUUUAAUAUGUUUAUUUGAGGCAGAGGUUGUGACAGGCUCAUAUACGAGGGGCAGUCGAAGCUACGUGGCACCACCUUCACUCAGCGCAAGCAGCAUGAAACUCUACGAUAGUGUGGUUGAUAAUAUUCACAACCCUGAGAUCUUUGUCAUUUUUAACAGAGAGCAAGCUCUGCCACUGUAUUUGUUGACUUGUUCCCUGCUCUGGAAUCCAGAAGAGAAAACCAGUUUGGAAACAUCAUGCCGGAAACGUUAAGACUGUAAAAACGUUAAGUCAAUUAAAAAUAAUACAGGCACUAGAUUUGGUGGCUUUAGGAUUACAUAUGGCAGUUCUCCAAUGCAAUUGCAAAAAAAAAUCUUGCUUCAUUAAAAUGGUGAAAAAUACUUAUUGUUUAAGAAGUAAUUAAAUCACAGGUGAAAGUUAAAAAAAACAAGUCAUCAUUUCAUUCAAAACAGAAUUGUGGCAUUCACCAUAUAAGAUCUUUUAAAU